AUGGAGAGGCGUGUGUCACCCACCAUUCAGUGGGGGACUUGGCCACCUGUAGCAUUUCUAUAUGAGCUUUACAGUAGCAUCAUUUUCAUGGUGUGCAUUGCUGCUACUUUUGGAAGCGGUAUAUCAGAACCCAUUGUCAAUGUACUCGACUCCGGAGCUGUAGGAGAUGGAGCUACUGAUGAUUCCCAAGCUUUUCUUAAGGCAUGGGAAACAGUUUGUGGAGCUGCAUCAGAUACUACUCCAACACUAAUCAUUCCAGAAGGAAAAACCUUCUUGUUGAAGCCUCUAACGUUCGAAGGUCCAUGCGGUUCUACUACAAUUCAUGUGCAGGUAGGGGGAGAUAUUAUUGCACCAAGCGAAUUAUCUGAUUGGGAUGGAUUUGACCCGGAGAAUUGGAUCGUCUUCAGAGAUGUUAAUGGACUCACUGUGGAUGGAAAUGGACAAAUUGAUGGCAAGGGGGCCAAAUGGUGGGAGGCAUUGAUGUUUAGUGGAUGUAAUAGCCUAACAGUGAGUGGAUUGAGACAUACAAACAGCCAAAAAAGCCAUAUAUCAAUAACAGAAUGUGACAAUGUCUUCAUAUCCAGCCUUCACAUAUCAGCCCCUGAAGACAGCCCAAAUACUGAUGGCAUCGACAUUUCCCGCUCAACCAACAUUUUAAUUAACAACACCUUCAUUGGAACUGGGGAUGACUGUGUUGCUAUUAAUAAUGGUUCGGCUUAUAUCAACAUUACUUGGGUGACAUGCGGUCCAGGCCACGGAAUAAGUGUUGGAAGCCUGGGAAAAGAUGGAGAAUUUAAUGUAGUGGAGGAAAUACAUGUCGAGCACUGUACCUUCAAUGGAAGUGAUAAUGGUGCCAGGAUCAAAACAUGGCAGGGAGGGUCUGGAUAUGCAAAGAAAAUCACAUACCAGGACAUAACUCUGAUUAACACCGACAACCCAAUCUUCAUUGACCAGUUUUACUGUCCUGAUGAUGAUUGUAAUAAUAAGACCUCAGCGGUUAACGUAAGUGAUGUAUUGUUCGCUAACAUGUACGGGACAUCAGAAGUAGACACAGCAAUCCAACUGCUUUGCAAUGGAAUUUUCGGUUGCACCAAUGUCAGGGUGGAAAAUGUCAACAUAACGGCGUCUGGUUCGGAUUUUCAAACCAUCUCGUCUUGUGAAAAUGCUCAUGGAAGCUCUUCCAAUUCAAAUCCUCAAGUUGAUUGUUUGCUGUCAUAG